AUGGAUCAAGUUAAUUCAGGUCUUCACCAGCAGAUACCCACAACAUACAGACAAUUGCAGCCACAAGCAGAACAAGCUCUCCAGCAUGGUCAACCUCAUCUUCACCACCACACUCUUACAUCCCAGGCAGGACUCGAUCUGUCGGGUUUGGUCCAAGAUGAUAACAAUUCCGUCUAUCACCCAGACUUGAGAAGCUUGCAGGAUCCAAAUGCAGGACAUCCUAUUGCUCAUCAAUAUCCUUCUCCAAUCCCUUUUGAACGAAAUAAUGGACACCCUCAAAUGCAUGUUCAGAACACUGGCAUUCAAAAUACUGGACUUCAAAAUAGCAUUCAAAAUAAUGGCAGCCCCCAUACCCCUCAGCAACAACAUCCUGGACCAGGACAAUUCGGAAUCUUGACUGCAGGUCCCUCUCUUCACCAUAACCCAAUUGGCAGAUUGCAGCAAGGCUUGCCACAAGAUUUGCAGCAGGAUGAUAAUUUAUUUGGCACACCCGAUGAAACAGAUCAGAAAAGCAUUGGACAUCAUUCUCACAAGAUUGUUCCUAAUCCUCCGGAUUUGGCUGCAUGGAGAGAGAAGUUGUUUAAUGUCAAUGAGAUGAUCACUUUGAGUGAAGAAGAGUAUAAUACAUAUUUUCCUCAUGUCGAUAACGUUUACUCCCAUCGGUCAACUCAAAAAUACAAGCGCAAGCCAUUUGUUUCUCACUACUGGGAUUGUCGUCUCAAAGGUAGGCCGCCAGGAACUGCCAAAUCCGAUGAUCCGAACAAAAAGAAGCGAAAGCGCACUGCGCGAGAAAGAGAUCUUUGCGAUGUCAAAAUCAAGAUUACAGAGUACUUUCCAGGUGCUAUGUUGCGGGCAGAUUUUCAACCAGAUGGAGGCGCAUCGGCAGAUCCAUCCCAAGCGAACAACUUUUUUGCGCAAGCUGGACCUCACCAACAACAAUUUGCUCUUCCUCUCAACAACAUAAACAUCCCACCCAAUCAUCCAGGCGCCACAGGUCAACGAUACUAUGAAAUUCAGCGUGUCAAUGGAAACGGUGGCAACGGCAAGGGUGAUGGUGUUGCAGGACCUCACAAGCAUGAUCUGGCGAGAAGUGAUGAGAUCAAGAAGAACAGCAUUCUUCGAUUUCUUCAAAAGAGAGAAAAGGAGGAUAAAAAGACCCAGAAAACUUAUCAUAAGAGAGCCAGUGGCCUAGCUUUGAGUACUGUAAAGAAACAUACCAAGGAGAAUGAAUUGAAGUUGUUUGGCAGUUGCUUUUGUCCUUUUGUUCAGCGAGUUUGGAUUGCUUUAGAAGCCAAAGGUAUUCAGUAUCAAUACAUUGAAGUUGAUCCAUAUAAAAAGCCCCAAUCUCUGUUAGAGGUCAAUCCCAGAGGAUUAGUUCCUGCUAUUCGCCAUGGAGAUUGGGGUUGUGGUGAAAGUACUGUUUUGAUGGAAUAUAUCGAGGACCUUCAAACUGGCCCACCUCUAUUUCCCCAGGAUGCGCGAGUUAAGGCUCAUAGCAGACUUUGGGCCGACCACAUUGAUCGUAAAAUUGUCCCCACAUUCUACGCACUUCUUCAAUCCCAAAAUUAUGAAAAGCAAGAAGAAUUGACCGCAAAACUUCGCGAUGAAAUUUCUCAGAUUGUAGACGUAUGCGAUCCUCAGGGUCCAUUUUUCCUCGGUCCAACACUCACUUACACCGAUGUUCAUUUCGCACCAUGGAUUCUCCGUUGCCGUCGUGUACUUAAGCAUUAUCGGGAUUGGCAAGAUCCGCAACCGGGUAGUCGUUGGGCGAUCUGGUUUGAUGCGAUUGAGAAUAAUGAGUUCGUCAAGGCGACAACUAGUGCGGAUGAAUUGUACAUUGAUUCUUAUGAGAGAUAUGCGAUGAAUAGACCGGGUACGAGUGAGUUGGCGGAUGCGGUUAAUGGGGGAUUCAAUUUACCUUAA